GCAGUGUGCGGCGGGAGGUGCCGCUGGAUGCGCGCUGCCUGCCACCGCCUGCAGGGAACGAGCCAAAACAAGGUUAUUUUGUGCCAGUCGUGUGCCUGGGUGUCACCCUCAGCAGAUUCGCAAACCAGAGUCAAAUUAAGGGGUUUAGGGACAAAACCUGUUCUUCAACUUCCACAAUUAUUGGAAACUAAGGAGCCAUUUCAAACCUUAACGCAGUCUGGCUCUGCGCCUCGGGAUUUGUUUUCAGAGAGCCGCCGAGGAGGCUUUCGGAUGAGCUCGGACACCCACGUUCCAGAGCCAGAUUCUCUCAGGUCUGGGACGAGUCGAGUGCUCCUCUGUGCUGGCUUUGGCCGGGCGCAGGCUGUAGCUGCCAGGAGCCGGUUCCAUUAGCCGUCAUUAAGUGGGGCAUCCCCGGCCGGGCUGCGGCGCUGGGCUCCCUCUGGGCGAUGCCCGUCCCCGCCGCGCGGAGCUGGAAGGAGCUGGCAGCAAUGGCAAUCCCCACCAGCAGCAGCCUGCGCUGACGGGAAGCAGGCAGUGAAGCAGGGAGCAGCGCUUCCAAGGCAGGAGCUGGCUGUGGGAGCAGCACUUCCAAGGGGAGAGCUGGAGUUUGCAUCCGAGUCCUAACAUCAACCAGAAAGAAAUCUCUCAAGAUUGAGUCUUUUUCAGUAAAGAUAAAAUGGCGUCAAUGUUGCUUAGUCGACAGCUUACCUGUUGCCUGCAGCAAAACUCCAGACUGCUGGUAUUUGGACACAGGCAUAUCAGUCAAGCUGCAGCUAAAAUUGACGUGGAUUUUGAUUAUGAUGGACCUCUGAUGAAGACAGAAGUUCCUGGACCACGAUCUAGAGAAUUAAUGAAGAAGCUGAAUGGCAUUCAGAAUGCAGAAGCUGUGCACUUCUUUUGCAAUUAUGAAGAGAGCCGAGGGAAUUACCUCGUAGAUGUAGAUGGCAAUCGUAUGUUGGACCUCUACUCUCAGAUUUCUUCCAUCCCAAUAGGUUACAGCCAUCCCUCUCUGAUAAAGCUUUUACAGCAGCCACAGAACCUGAGCACUUUUAUCAACAGACCUGCCCUAGGAAUUUUACCUCCAGAGAACUUUACAGAAAAACUGGAGGAGUCUUUGCUAUCAGUGGCUCCUAAGGGUUUGUCACAGGUGGUGACCAUGUCUUGUGGAUCCUGCUCUAAUGAGAAUGCCUUUAAAGCAAUAUUCAUGUGGUACAGAAACAAGGAGAGGGGCCAUAAUAAUGUCACAAAAGAAGAACUGGAAUCUUGCAUGAUUAACCAGCCCCCUGGCUGCCCUGACUACGCCAUGCUCUCCUUCAUGGGUGGCUUCCACGGCAGGACCCUGGGUUGCUUAGCUACAACUCACUCUAAAGCAAUUCACAAACUGGACAUUCCCUCACUGGACUGGCCUAUUGCUCCAUUUCCAAGGCUAAAGUAUCCCCUGGAAGACUUUGUGAAAGAAAAUCAACAGGAAGAAGCCCGUUGUUUAGAGGAGGUGGAAGACCUGAUUGUAAAGUACAGGAAAAAGAAGAAGAUUGUGGCUGGAAUCAUUGUGGAACCAAUACAGUCAGAGGGUGGGGACAAUCAUGCUUCAGAUGACUUCUUCAGAAAGCUGCGAGAUAUUGCCAGAAAGCAUGGCUGUGCUUUCCUGGUGGACGAGGUGCAGACAGGAGGUGGCUGCACAGGAAAGUUCUGGGCACACGAGCACUGGGGCCUGGAUGACCCAGCUGAUGUGGUAACAUUCAGUAAGAAGAUGAUGACAGGAGGAUUUUUCCACAAAGAGGAGUUCAGGCCAAACGCGCCCUACCGGAUUUUUAACACCUGGCUUGGAGAUCCAUCCAAGAACCUUAUGCUUGCUGAAGUCAUCAAGGUUAUUAAAACAGAAGACCUUCUAAACAAUGCCACCCAUGCUGGGAAAGCACUGCUGACUGGGCUGCUGGAUUUGCAGGCUCGUUACCCCCAUCUCAUCAGCAGAGUGAGAGGAAGAGGAACAUUCUGUUCGUUUGACACUCCAAAUGAUGCAACUAGAAACAAGUUAAUUACAAUAGCCAGAAACAAAGGUGUUGUCCUGGGAGGCUGUGGAGACAGAUCCAUCCGUUUUCGUCCCACGCUGAUCUUCAAGGACCACCACGCGCACCUCUUCCUGAACAUUUUCAGUGACAUCUUAGCAAACUUCAAGUAAAAAGCAGUUCCCUUGCACUGAACAGCUGAUUAUGAAAUUAGUUUGCAUUAAUUCAUGUCUUCUCUACUUACAAGAUAAGUGUAAAGUCAUAAACUGAGGUUUGUGUUCUGUCUGUAAUCCUGCCCAAGGCAAGCUGCUCCAUGCACACGCGCCCCAGGCAGAGCAUUGGCACUGGUCACCAGCAGGUACAUGCAGCUGUCCCUCACUGUGCACCCCUAGAACCUCCCUCUUCUGGCCUGGGCCAUGGUAACUGCAGAGUCCUCCCUACAGCCACGUCCCUGACUCUGCACUGUCUGAGCAUCCAGAAGCUCAGCAACGAGCGUGGCCACUCGGAGCCACACGGCUGCCGCACAGAGUGCCGCUCUCCAAUGGCAGCUGGGAUCCAAUCAGUGUUCCAAGGAAAGCUCUGCUUUCCACCACUGCCAAGCACAGUAUUUUACAGAGUAAUUUCCAGCUUUAUUCCCUCGAGUACAGGCAUCUGCCACACCAACUGCAUCAGGGCAGCUCUGCCCAGCCUGCACUCACUGCUUCACGGGGCACUGGUGCCCUCAGCCACCCCUACAGCGCUGCAAGUGGCACUGAAGCCCUUGUCCUUCUGUCCUCAUCAUGGAUGGGUUUUAAAACUUUUGACUUCUCUUACAAGCAGACUUGUACAGAGAAAACUCUACCCUGAAGUAUGUAAUCUGACAAAGCUUAGAGAACCAUGCAAAGCACAUUCUUCCACUUCUGCCAGCAGUCUAGAAUGAUUCCAGAUUAUUUUCCCAUUUGCCCACAACACACAAUAGCCAUUAAUUUACCUAUAACUUCUACACGAAUACUUGAGGUAUUUUGUAAAACUAAAGCAGUAAUGCCAUUAUCUGGUAUUAGAGCCACUACAGUGAGGGCCUACUCCUGACUGCACAUUUAUAAUGCAAAGUAAUUCUAUUUUUGUUCUAAUAGUAUAUUCUAAGUCAUUGAUAUUUCAGAGUUCUUCUAGAAAGCCACAGGAUCAAAAAAAAUGUGUCAACAGUUCAUUAAUUUGUUUUUCUUCAGAGAAUUGUUUUGGAUGUCUCUUUACUGUUUGCUGAAGGCUGACUUGAACUAGAUCUGGUGCCUUUCUUUUUCUUUUUUUUGGUGAGCAUCUGGAUUUUGUUUACUAGGUUUAACUUUUUGUUGUGCACCAAAAAACAGGGACCACAAUGGACUUUUACAGUUGCCCUUUCAGGACCUGACCACCAUUUUUAAGUGCAUAAUAAGAAACAGAGAAGUUAAAAGAUUUACAUGUUUAAUACAGCUACCAAAAUGUGAAAAGGUUCCUUACCUGCUUUGAGAAGUGUUAAUCAUGGUUUUCCCAUUUUAAAGUACUGCUAUUGGGAAACUCAAGCACAGUCACUUCUGCCAGCUUAAACCCAGUGGGAUUUCUGUAAACAUCUGCAGAAAGCAGAAUUCUGGUGCCAGCUGGGCAGAACCUGAGCAGGUUUUUGAACAGAGGUUGUAGAAAUCUGGGGAAAGGACUGGUAAAAAUUGGUGUUCAACAAAACUUCAUUGUCAUCGCUGUCCUCGUAAGCGUGUUAUCAGCAAAAGGAAAGUCAAACCAAGAACUGGAUUUGACAGCAUUUUGGGAAUUAGUUUGUUCAACAUAUCAGUGCAGUAGUUUUAGUGAAUGUCUCUAGCAAGUCUUGUACUUUUACAGAAGCAAAGGUCCAGUAAUUUGAAGUCUUACACAUCUUCACUUUUAUUAUGACUACUCUAGGUGUUUUUAUAAUUUUUACUGACACUCAGUAACUGUAUAAUUGUGUACAACAUGUUGAUGAAAUCGUUAGAGAAUACAUAGAAAGCACUGCAGCUGAAGCAUAUAAAGUUAAUAUUGUUUACAGCAUACUGUAGACAGUGCCAAAUAAAUGUUUAAAUAAAUACUUAAGUACACUUCAUGGUGUAACUAGUAACUGUACACAGAUUCAUAACAAAUUACAUCAAUCAUGUGUAAUCAAUAUUCUUAAAUAAAAUAUUUAUAAUUGA